CUCUGUGCGCUGUCUUUUACACUUGCACUUGGACACAAGUUGCAGUGUUAACUCCACACACUCAGCCUCUCAGGUCCGCGUUGCUGCUACAACUCUGGGUCUGACUGUGAAGAUCGACGAGAUGAAUCCCUUCCUCCGCAUUGGCUUCUCCAACUUUGACAGCGGCCCGUCACAGCCAGCGGAGGACAUCCAGAACCCUUACUGCGCCGUGAUUGUGAAAGAGGUGGUGGACACAGAGAAAGGGCAGAUCUUAAUGCAGAAGAAGCCCACCAUGUACCCGCCCUGGAACAGUACCUUCGACGCCCAGAUCAACAAGGGUCACCUGAUGCAUAUCGUCAUCAAAGACAAGACUGUGGAGCUCAUCUCCGAGACCACCGUCGAGCUCAACUCCCUGGCCGAGAAAUGUAAACGCAACCAAGGCAAAGCCGACAUCUGGUUGGACCUAAAACCCCGCGGUCGGAUGCUGAUGAGUGCGAAUUACUAUCUCGAACAAAAUGGAGAGAAGGAAAGUGCGGAGGGCGAGGCGGAGGGUCUGUUUGCCCGCCACCAGCGGCGAGGAGCCAUCAAACAGGCCAAGGUUCACACCGUCAAGUGCCAUGAGUUCAUCGCCACCUUCUUCCCACAGCCCACCUUCUGCUCCGUCUGCCACGAGUUUGUCUGGGGGUUGAAUAAACAAGGAUACCAGUGCAGACAGUGCAACGCUGCCAUUCAUAAGAAGUGUAUCGACAAGAUUAUCGCAAAGUGCACUGGGUCUGCCGUGAACAGCAGGGAGACUAUUUUUCACAAGGAGAGGUUUAAAAUCGACAUGCCGCACAGGUUUAAAAUCUACAACUACAAGAGUCCAACCUUCUGUGAACACUGUGGCACUCUACUCUGGGGCCUGGCAAGGCAGGGGUUAAAAUGUGAAGAAUGCGGGAUGAACGUCCACCACAAGUGUCAGAACAAAGUGGCCAAUCUGUGCGGCGUGAACCAGAAGAUGAUGGCGGAGGCCCUGGCCCAGAUAGAGAGCGAACAGCAGGCACGUACACAACGUGACAACGAGCACAUCAGUCGAGAGGGACCUUUGAAAGUCGGCAUUUUCGAGAAACCAUCGGAGGAUCCGAAGCCGACAGCAUCGGUGAAAGAGGUGCAAGGAAUCAGCUGGGAAACUCCUUCGGAAGAGGAGAAGAGCAGCCCUCCGGACUCGCCCAUCUACGAGGAGGUUCCCAGCAUCGAUCAACGCAAGUUCACCGUGGAUGACUUCACCCUGCACAAGAUGUUGGGGAAAGGCAGCUUUGGGAAGGUCUUCCUCGCUGAGUUGAAGGGCAGGAAUGAGUUCUUUGCCAUCAAGGCUUUGAAGAAAGACGUGGUCCUGCUGGACGAUGACGUGGAAUGCACCAUGGUGGAAAAGCGAGUUCUCUCUCUGGCGUGGGAGCACCCGUUUCUCACCCAUCUCUACUGUACUUUCCAAAACAAGGAGAACCUGUUCUUUGUGAUGGAGUACCUGAAUGGGGGAGACCUGAUGUUUCACAUCCAAAGUUGCCAGAAGUUUGAGGUACCGAGAGCCACGUUCUACGCAGCUGAAAUCAUCUGUGGCCUCCAGUUUCUUCACGCCAGGGGCAUCAUUUACAGGGACCUGAAGCUGGACAACGUUCUUCUGGACAGUGAUGGUCACAUUAAGAUCGCUGACUUUGGCAUGUGCAAGGAAAACAUUCUCAACGAUGCCAGGACCAGCACCUUUUGUGGAACCCCCGACUACAUCGCUCCUGAGAUCCUACUUGGGCAGAAGUACAGCAUGUCGGUGGACUGGUGGUCCUUUGCUGUCCUUCUCUACGAGAUGCUGAUCGGACAGUCUCCAUUCCGUGGAGGAGACGAAGAUGAGCUCUUCCAAUCCAUCCGUACGGACGACCCCAUCUACCCGCGUUGGUUGGGCAAGGAGGGCAAGGACAUCCUGGUCAAACUCUUCGUCAGAGAACCCGAGAGAAGGCUGGGAAUAAAAGGGAACAUCCGGCAACAUGCCUUUUUCGGGAAUAUAAACUGGCAAGCACUGGAAAACAGGGAAGUGGAUGCACCCUUCCGACCCACCGUGAAGUCAGCGAGUGACUGCAGCAACUUUGACAAGGAGUUCCUGAACGAGAAGCCGAAGCUGUCGUGUGCGGACAGGACUCUGAUCAACAGCAUGGACCAGAACAUGUUCAACAACUUCUCCUUCACCAACCCCAGGAUGGACAGGAUACUUUGACGAGGGGGGAAGAACAUCCUCCCCACACGUGGUGUAACACUGAAGAAACUGCGAGGCCUGUGCUUUGCCCGUGAUAGCAGCAUGCUCCCUGGACCAGUCUGUCGCUCCACUCUAGUGUGGCAUGAAAUAGUGGAACCCCAGUGUUAAAUAUUCACCCCAACACAAGCCUUGGGAAGCCGUUGUGUGAGACCACCGUCGGUGAAGUUUCUGUGGACCAAACGCUCGAGAGAGUCGCGCCUAGUGUGUGGUAUUUGUAAUCUUCAAGUAUUGGCACUGGAGACCAGAGCCCAAUAUUGCAUGUAGAAAUGUUUAAAUCUCCAAUCAUUGUG